GCUGCCAGAGAUGGUGGAGGGGUGUGUGUGAAAGUGUGAGCUGCCAGAGAUGGUGGAGGGGUGUGUGUGAGAGAAAGUGUGAGCUGCCACAUGUUGGAGGUGUGUGUGUGUGAGAGAAAGUGUGAGCUGCCAGAGAUGGUGGUGGGGUGUGUGUGAGAGAAAGUGUGAGCUGCCACAUGUUGGAGGUGUGUGUGUGUGAGAGUGUGAGCUGCCAGAGAUGGUGGAGGGGUGUGUGUGAGAGAAAGUGUGAGCUGCCAGAGAUGGUGGAGGGGUGUGUGUGAGAGAAAGUGUGAGCUGCCACAUGGAGAUGUGUGUGUGAGAGAAAGUGUGAGCUGCCAGGGAUGGUGGGAGGUGUGUGUGUGUGAGAUGUCAGAAAUGGUGGCAGGUGUGUGUAAGAGAAAGUGUGAGAUGUCAGGAGCAUGUUGGUGUGAGUGUGUGACUGCAGUGUGUGUGUCUGUCCUAUGAGGUAUCUGAGUGUGAGAGAGGGCACUGUGUAUUUGGUGUGUGUGAGACGUGGGGGAAGGGGGCACAACUACAAUGUGAGAGACCAGGAUGUGUUUGUGUAGUGGUAAAAAGAAAACCACAGGCCCAAUUUGGCACCAUUUAGGUCAAGUCCUCAGACAGGCAGUUAAUACCCAUCCUUUUUUUUUUUUGAAGAUUUUAUUUAUUUAUUUGACAGAGAGAGAGAUAGUGAGAGCAGGAACACAAGCAGGGGGAAUGGGAGAGGGAGAAGCGGGCUUCCCAUGGGGCAGGGAGCCCGACGUGGGACUCAAUCCCAGGACCCCAGGAUCAUGACCUGAGCCGAAGGCAGAUGCUUAACGACUGAGCCGCCCAGGUGCUCCAGUAGCCGUCCUAAUUGCAGUUUCCACCUACCCCAGAAAUGGAGUUUUAGCUGACCAGUCAAGAAUUUUCUGGAUGGCACCAAUGAGGUAACAUGUCACAUGGGCCUUCUCCAUUCCCCCAAAGGAAGCUGAGGUAAUCUGCGUAAGACCCCUCACAGUCCCACUCAGGGAAAGUUACCUGGCCUGCAACAGUCCUUUCCUUCCUUUUGCUAAUAACUUCUUGCCCCACCCUCCUAAAACUGUCUGAUUCAUGCAACUCCUUGGAGUUCCCCUCUGCUUGCAGGAUGGGAUGUAGCCCUGUUCUCGAAUUGCUGAACAGAACCAAUUAGACCUUUACAUUUUCCUCGGCUGAAUUUUGUUCUUGAAGAGUAUCUACGUGUAACAGAAAUCCAAGUGUCUUUGAAAGUGUCUAUUGAGGGCGCCUGGGUGGCUCAGUUGGUUAAGCGACUGCCUUCGGCUCGGGUCAUGAUCCUGGAGUCCCGGGAUCGAGUCCCGCAUCAGGCUCCCUGCUCGGCAGGGAGUCUGCUUCUCCCUCUGACCCUCCUCCCUCUCACGCUCUCUGUCUCAAAUAAAUAAAUAAAAUCUUAAAAAAAAAAAAAAAAAAAGUGUCCAUUGAGAAUGUGUGUGUUUUUGUGUGUGAAUGUGGAGUGUGAGAGACCGUCACGUUUGUGUGUGUGGGAGAGAGAGGAAAGCUAGUGACGGGGUUGUGUGUGAGACCAGAGUAAGCAGGACGGAGACCACGUGAACUGGAGAUUGUCCCCUGAAGGCUUGCAGAUAGAGCCUCUUUUAGGUGGUGGAGUGUGCUUGCAUGAGCACGGCAGAGAUGAGGGCGCAGUGAGCCAUGUUGUGGGUGAGAGAAUAAGAUUGGGGGUGUGUGUGUGAUAUUUGUGUGUCACCAUGUGUGUUUGUACAUGGGCCUCCGAGACCAUGGUGUAUGUGACUGCAUAUGAUGUGGCUUCCUUUGGGUGCUUGGGAUUAUGUCCUCUGUGGUCAGGAAGUCGGUGAGAUCUUGGGUCAGUGUUUGCGUGUCACACUGUGUGCUUGUAGCUGGCCCGGAGUGACUGAGGUGUAUGGGGAGACGACUUGGAAGAACACUAGCUUCUUGAUGUGUGUUGGUUUUGGGUAUUGUGUGCUGCUGAGGUAAGAAUCCUAGAGUAGAAUUCCCUGCUCCCAGUUCCAAGAAUUCCAGGAAAAAGCAGUAGGUGGGGCGAUUGACUAGAGCCCCCGACUGGAGCAGGAGAUACCUUCAGUUCUGGGUGACAAAAAGGAAGGGAAGCCAAGGGACUGAAGACAGAGGUGAGACUGAAGGUGGCAGAAUCGGAUGCUAAAUUAUGCCAGUGCCCAUUGUUCCAGCGUGAGAGGCAGGAUACUGCUGUUCUCCAAGAGAAGCCAGGAAGGAAAGGUGGAAAUGACUGUUGAACUAGUGAAAGCCAUAUCCCAGGACUUGGUGACAUUCAAGGAUGUGGCAAUAGACUUUUCCCAGGAGGAAUGGGAAUGGCUGAACCCUGCUCAGAGGAAUUUGUACAAGAAUAUGAUGUUGGAGAACUAUCAGAACCUGGUAUCACUGGGUCUUUGCAUCUCUAAGCCAUAUAUGAUCUCUUUAUUGGAGCAAGGGAAAGAGCCUUGGGAGAUGAAGACAGAGAUGACAAGAAGCCCAUUCCCAGAUUUGGGAUCUAUAUAUGAGACACAAGAAUUAUCUCUGAAGCACUGCAUGUAUGAUGAUGUGUUAAUGGAGAGAAUUGCAGGCUAUGGACUUGAGUUUUCCACUUACAGAGAAAAUUGGAAAUGUGAAGAUCUAUUUGAGAGGGAGUUGGUAAGUCAAGAGGCAUUUAUCAGGCAAGAAGUAACCACUCAUAAGAAAACCCUUACUAAGGAAAUAGAUCACAACUAUAACAAAUCUGGGAAAUUUGUCCAUCUAGACAAUAUAGAAGAAAAUGUUUAUAAUCACAGGUCAGGUAAAAAAAGCUUUUCCCAAAAUUCCACGGUAGUAAAACACAAAGUCUAUGCAGGAAAGAAACUUUUUAAAUGUCAUGAAUGUGAGAAAAUGUUUACCCACAGCUCCUCCCUUACUGUUCAUCAGAGAAUUCAUACUGGUGAAAAACCGUAUACAUGUAAAGAAUGUGGGAAGGCCUUUAACCAGAGUCAGCACCUUGUUCAACAUCACAGAAUACAUACUGGAGAGAAGCUCUUUGAAUGUAAAGAAUGUAGGAAAGCCUUCAGCCAAAAUGUGCACCUUAUUCAACAUCAAAGAAUUCAUACUGGAGAAAAACCGUAUAAGUGUAUGGAAUGUAGAAAAGCCUUCAGCCAACCUGCCCACCUUGCUCAGCACCAGAGAAUUCAUACUGGGGAGAAGCCCUAUCAAUGUAAGGAAUGUGGGAAAGCCUUCAGUGACGGCUCAUCCUUUGCCCGACAUCAGAGAUGUCACACUGACAAAAGACCCUAUGAAUGUAUCGAAUGUGAGAAAGCCUUCAGGCAGAACACAUCCCUUAUUCGUCACUGGAGGUAUUACCAUACUGGAGAGAAACCUUUUGAUUGCAUCGAUUGUGGGAAAGCUUUCAGUGAUCACAUAGGCCUUAUUCAGCAUAGGAGAAUUCAUACUGGAGAGAAACCAUAUAAAUGUAAAGUGUGUGGGAAAACCUUCAGUUAUGGCUCAUCCCUUACUGUCCAUCAGAGAAUUCACACAGGAGAGAAACCUUAUGAAUGUGUUGUCUGUGGGAAGGCCUUCAGCCAUCAUGCUUCACUCACACAACAUCAAAGAGUGCAUUCUGGAGAGAAACCUUAUGAAUGCAAGGAAUGUGGGAAAGCCUUUAGACAGAGUAUACACCUUGCCAUUCAUUUGAGAAUUCAUACUGGUGAAAAACCCUACAAAUGUAAAGAAUGUGGAAAAGCUUUUAGCAUAAGUUCACAGCUGGCUACUCAUCAGAGAAUUCAUACUGGAGAGAAACCUUAUGAAUGUAAGGAAUGUGGUAAAGCUUUCAACCAGAGGGCACACCUUGCCCAACAUCAUAAAAUUCAUACAGGAGAGAAACCUUAUGAGUGUAAUGAAUGUGGUAAAGCCUUCAGCCAGACUACCCGCCUUAUUCAACAUCAGAGAGUUCAUACUGGAGAGAAACCCUAUAAAUGUAGCGAAUGUGGAAAGGCUUUUAGCGAUAGCUCAUCCCGUUCUCAGCAUCGGAGACUCCAUACCGGCCAAAGGCCCUAUGAAUGUGUUGAAUGUGAGAAGGCAUUUAGAACAAAAUCAUCUCUUAUUUGUCAUCAAAGAUGUCAUACUGGGGAGAAACCUUAUGAAUGUAGUGUGUGUGGUAAAGCCUUUAGCCAUCGUCAAUCCCUUACAGUUCAUCAGAGAAUUCAUUCUGGAGAAAAGCCUUAUGAAUGUCAGGAAUGUGGGAAAACCUUUAGCCAGAUUGGACACCUUAAUCUACAUAGAAGAAUUCAUACUGGAGAGAGAUCUUAUGAAUGUAAAGAAUGUGGAAAAGUCUUCAGACAAAGUGCACACCUUACUCAUCAUCAGAAAGUUCAUGCUGCAGAGUCAUCUCAGGCAUUUAGCUCUUCCUCACCCCAUAUGUCAUCAAGCCCCGUGGAUAUAUCUGCUAGAUAUUUUUGGAAUUCGUCCACUUCUUUCAGUUCUCAUUGUCCUACUCCAAAACACAGUCAUUUCACCUGGACUGUUCCAAUAUAAAAACUGGUCUUACAUCCUGUUUUAUUUCCUUCAAGUUCUUUCUUCACACUACUGCCGUGGUGGUCUUUUAAACAUGUAAAUGUAACUAAACUACUAUCUCAAAACCCUGGUUAUGAAAAUUUAAACUAUUUGAUGCAUAUAAAGUGCUUAGCAAUAGUGCCUGACCCAGACUAAGUGCUUGGUAAAUGUUAAGUCAGUAUCAUUCAGAGUCUGUUUAAAAAUUAUGUUUAAAGAGUGAACUCUGGAAAGCAGUAUAUCAGUACUAGGAGAUUAUAAUAAUUUUGGAACUGAAACUACAUCUUAAGGUGGAUAAUGAGGAUUAGCAUGUGUAGUAUUUUUAAGUUUGGCAUCAGAGUAACAUAGUGGCUUUCUCAUGACUCCAGGGCUGUAUGCCUUUGUAGGUGCAGAAAUUUAGUGUAAACCUGGUACACAGAAUAUGUUUUAGGAAGUGCCUAGAGCUCUGGAUAAGACUGAAACAAAAGAA